AUAAGUUAAUCUGAAGGUAUUUCAUUGAAAUACUGUUUAACGUGUUUGAUUGUUUAUGAAGUGAAGUCAUUACUAAAAGAUACAUACAAUUUCGAUAGUGGGGUACUUGCAUUAUAAGGAGGCGAAUCCCUGCUUGAACACUCCGAGAGAACUCGCAAAAGGAGUAAAAGGCUUCUACAUACCUGUCACUACAAAUAUAUUGUAUGAGUCAGAAAGUAGAAAAGCCAGUGAUAGCGGGUCAACGGAUCAAGACCAGAAAAAGAGAUGAGAAAGAGAAGUAUGACCCGAACGGGUUCCGCGACGCGCUGGUGCAGGGCCUCGAGCGCGCGGGCGGCGACCUCGAAGCCGCGUACAAGUUCCUAGACGCGGCCGGCUCCAAACUCGACUACCGCCGCUAUGGGGAGGUCAUCUUCGACGUCCUCAUUGCCGGCGGGCUCCUCCUCCCUGGCGGCUCUGUCUCAACGGACGGGGAAACCCCUAACACCAACACCUGUAUCUUCGCCGCCACCGACGACAUGGACACCAUGCGCAACUUCGAACAGGUUUUUGUGAAACUGAUGCGUCGCUACAAAUACCUGGAGAAGAUGUUCGAGGAGGAAAUGAAGAAGGUGCUGGUGUAUCUGAAGGGUUUCGAGCCGCAACAGCGCAUAAAACUGGCUCGUAUGACUGCUCUGUGGAUCGGGAAUGGGUGUGUGCCGCCGUCGGUGCUGCUGGUUUUGGUCAACGAGCAUCUGCUGAAGGACAACUUGGCCCUGGAGUUUGUCUUAGAAGUAUUUGCUACCAUCAAGGCAGAGCGCGGCACCGCGUCUCUGGUCGCCGCGCUCAAGAAAGGACAACUCGAGGGCAGGCUGCUGGAGUUCCUGCCGCUGAACCGUCGCAGCGAGGAGGCUCUGGCCAAGUGGUUUGAUUCCCGCGGGUUGUCUGAGCUGCUGCGCCUGCACCGUGCGCAGGCAUCGCAGGAGGCUCGCCGCGAACUGACGCAGGCGCUGACAGACGAGCUGGCGAGAGAGACGCCGGUGCGCGACAUCAUCCAGGAGCUGCGCGAGUUGGCGCAGAAACACUCCAUCCCUGACUACGAAGUCGUCGCUAUCAUCUGGCAGUGUGUCAUGUCGCGCGGUGAGUGGAACAAGAAGGAGGAGUUGUUGGCGGAACAAGCGGCCAAGCACUUGCGUCAGUAUACACCACUGCUCGCGGCAUUCGCACAGUCUGCCAAGGCGGAGAUGGCCCUUCUGACCUCUGUGCAGGAGUACUGCUACGUAAACAUGAACUUCAUGCGCGCGUUCAGCAAGCUGGUGCUGAUGCUGUACAAGACGAACGUUCUCUCCGAGGAGGUGAUCCUCAAGUGGUACCGCGAGCCCAACUCCAGCAAGGGCAAGAUGAUGUUUCUCGAACAAAUGAAAAAGUUUGUCGAGUGGCUGCAGUCUGCUGAAGAGGAGUCUGAGAGCGGAGAAGACGAUGAUUAGAGAGUAAGAGCAGUGAGUGAGACUGACUACGCCAGCGCCGCCCGCUCCGCCAUACGGACCCAGCCGGCGCUCACCCGUAGCACUCCACAUACAUACCCACACGUGUACUUUAUUAAACUACCCUCAUAAUGCUUUUAUAAAUAAAUAAAUAAUUAAA